AUGGCAAUUGAUAAUGAAUUUAAUGUGACAUAUAUAACUUUUGGUGGGCAUAUUGAAUUGGAAAAAUACAAAUUUCUAUAUUUUGCUAUCAUGUUUACUGCUUAUAUUCUAAUACUCUGCAGUAAUUCAACCAUAGUUUGCCUCAUCUGGAUUAAGAAAAGCCUCCAUGAGCCUAUGUAUAUUUUCAUUGCAGCUUUGUUGUUCAACUCUGUUAUGUUCAGUACAAAUAUCUACCCCAAACUUUUGAUGGACUUUUUAUCUGAGAAGCAGAUUACAACUCAUUCACAGUGCAGUUUUCAAGGAUUUAUUUAUUACUCUUUAACUGGUUCAGAGUUCUUUCUCUUGGCAUCCAUGGCUUAUGACAGGUAUGUGUCCAUAUCUAAACCUUUGCAAUAUCAUACUAUUAUGAGAAAAACAACAGUCACAGUUUUGCUGGUUUUAACUUGGCUUCUGCCUGCUUGUCAGCUUGUGCCAUCAGCUGUAAUUAUAAACACUUCACAAAUCUGCCGCUUUACUUUGAAUGGAAUUUUUUGUAACAAUGCAAUUUCCAAGCUUUACUGUGCAACUCCGAAAAUAUCAUAUUUAAUAUAUGGUGUGUUUAUAUUACUUAACACUGUAUUUCUUCCUUUGCUUUUCAUACUUUUUACUUACACAAAAAUAUUUAUAAUAUGCUAUCGAAGCUGCAGAGAGGUCAGGAAAAAAGCUGCACAGACCUGUUUACCUCACCUGCUCGUUUUGAUCAGCUUCACAUGUUUGUGUUCAUAUGAUAUAAUUAUAACUCGAGUGGAAAUUAAUUUAUCCCAAACUGCACGUUUCAUAAUGACUUUACAAGUGGUUUUGUAUCAUCCUCUCUUUAAUCCAAUUGUAUAUGGAUUGAAAAUGAAAGAAAUCUCUCAAUACCUCAGGAGGUUGUUUUGUCAGAGCAAAUUUAAAUUAUCUGUCAGAGCUGAUGCUGGAAGUGCAAUAAUUUCCUUUGUAAUCUAA